AUGGGCAGAAAGUUUUUUGAUAUUCUUACUCCCCAAGAGUUAGAACAGUUAAAGCAAGCCCAAGUGGAAAGAAACCAAAAGACUUAUCAACGAAAUAAUCUAAUCUUUGAUUUUCUUUUUUAUUCAGGAUUAAGAGUAAUUAAGCAGUUUAAUCCUAGUUUAAAUAACUACCUUUUUACUAAUCAAAAAAAACAGCCUUUAUCACCCUUAGUCAUUCGGCAAAUUAUCCAACAAAGAUUAAAAAAGGCAGGAAUUGAUAAACCGAUUACUCCUCAUUCUUUUAGAAGGAGCUUUGCUACUCAUUUACAUAAUAAGAAAGCCCACUUAACCACUAUCCAAAUGUUAUUAGGUCAUGAAAGUAUUACCACCACCGAGAAGUAUAUUCAUAAUGAUUUCGAUUAUAUUUAUGCUGAUUAUAGUAAAUUACCAAAAAAAGUUAAACAAAAACUAGGUUUAAUCCUAGAUUGCCAAGUGUUUUUAACAACUAGCAACUGCUAUUCCACUUUUCAAAAGGAUAAAGCAGAGGGGUUCAAAGGAAACCUAGAAAGUCGUAAGACCGAAAUACCUUUGGCAUGUUCACUUUUAUAUUAA